AUGGCCAGCCGGACGUCGCCACGGCGUAGCAAGACGGCAAGCGGUUCUGGCACACCGAGCCAACGCAGCAGCCGAGCUGGCACCCCAAAGGCCUCGCCUUCCUCAACUCCAGGGCCCAAAAAAAAGGGCAAUGCCCAGAGUCGUAUCGUGGCAGACUUCAACGCUGGCAAAGCAGCCCUUCGGGCAGAGGAGCAUGUUCAGGCCUUGGAGCAUUUUGAUGCCUGUCUUAACGCCAUUGCCGCCACACCGGCGCCGAGUGAUGCUCUUCUUCGGGCGCAGAAAGAAGCCCUCCUUCAAGCCUUGCGCUGUCAUGCUGAACUAGGUCAGGCCGUGGACGGCCUUGAUCGCGGUGCCCUGGCGAUUGCCCUUUAUUUGCCUGCCAACACCUAUCCUGACCGUGUUCGUGCGCCCCACACUUUGGCUAUGUUGGGCGACCUUGUCGACGACGUGACCACACACGUGGCAGACCUGGCCGACAGCGAGGGCACCAAUGCGCUCACCAACGUGUUGAAUUUUGCUGCCGCACAAGCAGUGCGGCUUUUGCCACACUGCUCCACCUCCACGAGCUGCUGGCAAGCGCUUGCUCUGAUGCUGGUGGCAGGCGAAGAGCUCACGACUUGCGCUCAACGCGUAGCACCUGCAUUAUUGACCAGCGUGCAGGAUGCUCCAGAGCCUUGGAGUUGCGCUUUAUUGAUGGACUUGGUUGCAACUGUACCGCUGGUGCUGCCCACAGAGCCGCCGCAUGCACUUGUCGCAGCAUCGUGGUCAGCUAUGCUGGUGCUACAACUCAUUCUCAGCCACGACGAAACUCGUGUCCGACGCUGGCAGCAAGGCUGCUCAAAUCAUACGUGCCAGCAAGGCUCCGUGCAUGAGUUGGUGCGGGCAUGGCUGGCCAUGGAUCACGAUGGAGUAGAGCUUGGGUUGUAUGCGUUGCGAGGCCACGUGUCGCCAAAAUUGCUAUCCCGACUCGUGGCAUCUGCCUCGCGUCGGCGCUUGGGGGUCUAG